GAGGGCCGCCGGCAAAUCCAAAGAUAAAGCGUCGGAAGGCAGCUCGCCGCUGGUGCAGUGCCAUCAGACAUCGAAAUGGAGGAAGCUGAAGAAACACCUCUAGAUCCAGUGGAGGAUCCGAAGGUGUACAUCAAGAAUGACCUUACGCAAAUCGUUGCACAAGCUGUCACCGAAGCACGUCCGGAAGAACAAGCGAAAGCCCAACGUCAGCUUGUGGAAGCUCUUGCGGAAGUCCGGCGUCAGUACAAAGAGGAAACUGCGGCCACGAACAAAGCACGUAUGGAGAACAUGCGGUGGCAGGAACAGCAAAUGCAGCAGGUGGAAGCGGAUAAUCAACGACUCAGAGAACGAGAUUCUGUAUCUGCUCAAAAUGCAUUCGCUCAGCCACUGAACCAAGCAGCAAUCAGUGCUCUCAGUGAACAGCAGGUUGUCGAGCUCUAUCGCCAGUUUUCCGAGCUUUCUCGCCUGAUCAGCCCACGAGUUGAAAAUGCUCUCCAGCAAUACGCUCGCCGUGAGCUUAUCGACAGCGCAACAGAUGACGAAACGCACGAGGCCGAUAACGAGGCACCACCCUCGAGAUUCGGAACCAUUCGGAAGAAGCCCGGCAAAAAGCUUCUGGAAGGGUUGAAAAUCCUUGGAAGAAGUGGUACGCAGAAAGGCAAAGAAAAGAGAGGAAGCUCAAUCGGUGACACAUUUGCACGGUUCAAGAGCAUAAUCAAGAGUACUCUGGGCUCGGACAAGAGCACUGAUGAUACGGACACCGCAGUGACAGAUGAAUCAUCAGCGGCAUCCCCAUUCAAGUCAACACACAUGCCCUCGCAUGACACGCAGGAGCCGCCAACUACACCAAUCCACCGACCUUCGACGGACGUGAACACAAUGCGCGCUCGAAGAAAGCUGAGUAAAAAGUCAUUGAAAAUGUCGGGCCUGUUGAAGCCAGAGAACCAGAAGAGGAGGGUUCGACAACUGAAACCAGCUUGACGGACGCCACUGCGGGCGCGUCUCCUACGCCAGCGAGGCGGAGAUUUAUGCCGCCAGUGGAGAGACUUCUCACUGACACUAUGGCUCAUCCUCGUCGCGAUGCUGGUCUUGCACGAGGUUCACAAGACGCUAUUAGUCUUCCUCCGACUCCAGACAGAGGCCUGCAGCCAUAACGCAGCCAUGCUGUCCUGGGAUCGCGUCGGGAUGGAAGUCAACAACAGUCACGUAAGCGCGCCCUGUCAGAUGCAAGAUCUUCCUUUGGAGCGCUGGCAAGCGAUCCAUUUCGGCCGUCCUAUACGCCGUCGAGAGCAACUCAGGCAUCCCUGCACAGAACCUCUGCUCACCGCGACCUUUCGGCUGAAUAUCGACAACCGGUACAGACAAUUGGGGUUAAGACCGCCGUGCCAGGAGGAAGAGCGACCGAGGUCUCCGACAGCGAGGAGGAUCGAUACGCCUCAGCUAUUUCUAGCAGCCCGCCCCGCUCAUCAGAGGAUGAUACAGAGAUUGACUGAUUGAUGUGGUGAAAGGAUUUCAUGGGUGGGGUGGAAGGAUAUUGGUGAAGCUAUGGAGUGCAUGAAGAAUGAAAUUGUGUGGAUUUUUGGAGUCAUCAGGAGUACUCAAGAGAAGGCGUGGGAUGUGCUGUGCAUGAUUCGUUCUUUUUACUUUCUUCUAUGGCAUAGCCUGAAUCAAUGGAAAGAUUUGAUGUCG